ACGGAAAGGGGAGAGAGACCAGAGAAGAAACCUAAGAGAAAGCAACCAAGAAAAUUGCAGAGAGAAUUGCAGGGCGGAGGAGGAGGAGGAGGAGGACGGCGGCGAAGGGCGGUUCCAGUUGGUGAUGACGAUGGACAGGGAGAAGGAGAGGGAAAUUGAGCUCGAGAGUGCAAUGUACACUAACUGUUUGCUUUUGGGCCUCGAUCCGGCGGUUAUCGGCGUCGGAGCUUCCACCGGCACCCCUCGCGUCGGCCUUUUCCGCCACUCCAAUCCGAAACUCGGCGAACAGCUCCUCUACUUCAUUCUAUCUUCUCUCAGAGGACCACUUCAAUCCGCUAAAGAUUUCGAUAAGGUCUGGCCAAUCUUCGAUUCCGCCCAAUCUCGGGACUUCCGGAAGGUCGUUCAAGGGAUCAUCAGUGAGCUUGAAUCUCAAGGUGCAUUACCCAGGAGCAAUUCCAGGGUUUCUUCUCUUGCCACCUGCUGUGGACCGAGGUUUGUUGAACUGUUAUGGCAACUUUCCUUGCAUGCUUUGCGGGAGGUUCACAGACGAACAUUUGCUGCUGAUGUUGCAUCUAAUCCACUUCCUGCACCGUUGACAGAUGUAGCCUUUUCACAUGCAGCUACAUUACUUCCUGUAACCAAGGCUAGAAUUGCACUUGAAAGAAGAAAGUUUCUGAAGAAUGCUGAAACAGCAGUGCAACGGCAAGCCAUGUGGUCUAAUUUGGCUCACGAAAUGACUGCCGAGUUUCGUGGCCUUUGUGCUGAAGAGGCUUAUUUGCAGCAAGAGUUGGAAAAACUGCAUGAUCUGAGGAACAAAGUAAAAUUGGAAGGGGAGCUGUGGGAUGACCUUGUAUCAAGUUCAAGUCAAAACUCACAUUUAGUUUCAAAGGCAACUCGCUUGUGGGAGUCUAUAUUAGCACGCAAAAGCCAACAUGAAGUUCUUGCAUCGGGCCCUAUAGAGGAUUUAAUUGCCCACCGGGAGCAUAGGUACCGCAUUUCUGGAUCAUCAUUACGUGCUGCCAUGGAUCAGAGCUCUCAGGUUCCUUAUACAGAUGUCCUGGCCAGUCAAUCAAGUGAUUUAGCUUCAGUAUUUUCGGAUGACAAAGAUCAGAAUGACAGGUCAUAUGCUAACUCACAAAUAAGUGACGAUUCGGUAUCUUGGAUGGACGAUAGGAGUGGAAGAGUCCAUCCCACUGUUGAUGUAGCAGAAAUUAUUAGGCGCUGGACCCAUGCUUUACAGCGUAUUCAUAAACAGUCACUUCAUCUGGCAAAAGCUAAUGAUGGAGAAGGUCCUGAAAUACUACGGGGUGCUCAUGAUGGUGGUUCAAGUGGCCAUGCUGAGUCUUUGACGGCAACUCUUGCUGAACAUCAACAACACCUGGCAAGCUUGCAGGUGCUCAUCAAUCAAUUGAAGGAAGUUGCUCCUGGAAUACAGAAAUCAAUAUCAGAAUGUACAGAGAAAGUGAACAAUAUAUCUCUGAAUCUACCUCCAGUGACCAAACAUCCUGUUCGAUCCAUGUCGCCUAUGCAAGCACAGACUAGUGGAAGGACAUCGGUUAGUAGCACUGAUGAGGUUUCUGAGGUGACUUCAAAAAUGUCUUCUGUUCAGCUUGACAAGGUGUCUGCCAGUCCUACUUUAAAGCUCCCACAAUUGUUUAGUUUGACACCAAACUCUUCUGGAAAGACGGGAAAUAUGCAAAAGCGACAAAAUUUGGCAUCUCAAACCAGCCAAAUAGAAAAUUCAUCUGAAAGCAAAUCACCUGACCGGGCUUCCUCAAAUGAUCAUAUAAAUAACCUACCACAAGAUACCGAGUCUUCUUAUGUUCAGAAUUUAAAGAGAUCAGUCAGAGAAGCUGCUCUUUCAAUGAAAUAUAGCAAUUCAGAACCAUCACGAGAAGGCCAUUCCGAUGGAAGUGCGGAACACUUCUUUGUACCUCUUUCAGGAACUGGAUUUUCUCGUUUAGGCCCAGAUAGUAAAGGACCUUCUACGAGGAGUAGAAGGUUGUCUGCUCCUCAAAUGGAUGCUUGCUUGCCUGAGAGUCCUCCUGCUUAUGAUUUUAAUAAUGGAAUCGAUUUCAAGGAUUUUACUGAUCCAUUGAAUGAUUUGGAUUCUCUCAAUGAUUUUGAUGAAUUAAAUGGGUUUCUUUCUUCUGCUCGGUCAAAUUCUGCAACUUCUGAUGCUCGGAAAUUAGUUUUUGACCUUGAUGAUGAUGCUCAGGAUCAAGUAUUCUCGCCUCCUUUGCUAAUGGACCCGUCACUUCUAGCAGAUUCUUAUGAGGAUCUACUUGCUCCACUGUCUGAAACUGAAACAGCGAUGAUGGAACAUUAAGUUGAAAUUUCAGCAGUCUUGCAUUAUUCAGUUGGAGAUUCUUUGUUUCUCGACACUCGUUUUACAUGGUGCUUAUGUCAGUUCACCUCGUAGCCCCUACGUGACACGGUGGAUGGAUAUCCUUGCUAUUUUUUUGGUAGCCAUGUACCAACACAGCCACUAUGCAAUAAAAUGGAUCACACAGAUCUUUGAGCAUAGCCAAAAAUCGAAGUUUUGUGACUAUUUGUGGACAGUCCAUGAUUGCGACGGUCAUUCAGAUUGGUAUGGUAUUUAAUAUUUUUCCGUGGUUGGUUUUCUGUGAUGGUUUUCUGCAGCUUCCAAUCCCAUCGCUUGAGGUCUCUAAAGUCAGCUAAAGCGAUUGCAUCAAAGCGGUAAGGUAUCCAAAACAUUGGACUAAAGCACAAAAUUCGGAUCAAAGCUUGGGAUUGGUAGUCUCUUGUAUCUAUUGUUUGAUUUAAACAUUUAACACUGCUGACGGCGAGUUCGUUUAUAUGUUUGCCGAUUUGUAUGCUACAUGAAUUGUAGGGUCGUUAGAAAUUACUGUACCUCAGAACUGUUUGUAUAUUCUUCUACAGAAUCGUGUUCCUGAUUUGUUCAUCUUUCA